UGACGGCCCUGCAUCAGCGGAGGUAGUCCUCAGUGAUAACGUAGAAGGACGGAGAGCCGGAGAGUCGACGGAGAGAGUCGUUCGGUGACGGCACAAAUACAUAGACAUCACGGCGCUGCCAGUGCAGGCAGGGCAGGGUUUAGACGGUGAACCUAACCUCGAAAAGUCUUUGCUGCUGUUCGCAAAUGGCUUGCGAAUGUUUGUUUUUCACAAGAUUGCGUUGAAAUUGUUGUUGGAUUAAAAUAUUUGUUGCUGCGAGAAGUUUGUUUUGAUGUCGCGUGUGCGUGUAUUACGCCGGGAUUACUAGGAACUGGCCGGAGCUGGUUGCCGAGGCCGUCCCAGAACUCGAAACCCUCGCUAAAGUGUUCCGAUUCUGACAAUGACCCCAACCUACUGAAGGAUGUCCCUUCGACCCCGCAAAUGGCUGUGAUAGGAAUCUGAGAGAGAGAAAGGACACGCUAGAACAUACGCAUAAUUCAUCAAAACACAACGCUUCGAGUCAAACCUUAGUUUAUAAGUGAGUCGCCGCUUCCGGGAUCUUUGAAGUACGCCGGAAAGUCCGUGGGUCCGAGCCCCCAAAGAAUGCAAACGUCGCGAACACCCGGAAUGAAGGUGUCCAGUUGCAGCAAGCCAUUUCAGUGUACCGAGUGUGAGAAACAGUUCCGGCAGCUAAGCACACUAACCAACCACAUGAAGAUCCACACAGGAGAUAAACCCUACAAAUGCACAAUCUGCGCGAAGGAGUUCCGGCAGACGACGACGCUUUCCAACCAUGUGAAGAUUCACACGGGGGAGAAACCGUUUCACUGCACAUAUUGUGGCAAACAAUUCCGGCAGUUGAGCACCCUGUCGAAUCAUCUCAAAAUUCACACUGGUGAAAAGCCCUACGAAUGCUCAGUCUGUGGCAAGCAGUUCCGGCAGUCUAGUACGCUGAACAGCCACAUCCGGAUCCACUCGGACGACAAGUAUUCUGUGAAACCCUUCAAGUGCAGCAUGUGCCCCAAGGAGUUCCGCCAAACUACGACCCUGUCAAACCACCUGAAAAUUCACACAGGUGAAAAGCCCUACGUUUGUACAUAUUGCAAUAAAAGUUUUCGGCAGACAGGGACGCUCUCAAACCAUCUUAAAAUUCAUACUGGAGAAAAACCUUACGAAUGUUCCGUUUGCCGGAAGCAAUUCCGGCAGUCGAGCACGCUGAACUCGCACAUCCGGAUCCACGCGGAUGACAAGCUAAGUAAACCCUCCCCUCCGGAGCUGCCCACUACGAUGACCACUAUCACGAUGAAGCUGGAAGAUAUUAAACCGCUCUACACGAUCAUUUAAGUUCGCGCACGUACUUAGUACAGCAGAGAUAUCAACCGUGCCGUAAGUUCCAGCAUCUCUCAGUCAAUCAACCAACCUAAAAAAUGCUCCUACCAAGAGAAGCGCCAAGCGCUCAAGUCAGAAAGGAAGUUAAAAAAAAUCCAAUUAUACAUUCAACUCCUUGCGAUUUCGUUCGAUCACUCAUUCAACGGUGGGGAAAUUAAGCACUUUAAUGUUUCGAUUAUUACCAUCAGAUUGCGAUGUGCUGACCCGUAUCAAUUUCGGUAGCCAAAUGAAGCCCAAUUUUCAGGGUGACGCCUCAGCGACCGAAAAAGUUCGGAUCGAGCGCGACCUAAUCAAUUGGCCGUAAUUUGCCAAUCAAUCGCCCCGUAAUCGAACUUAUUUAGCCAAACUAAAUUAAAACAUUAAGCUGCCGGCUGGUCAUGGUGGCGGCCAUGAAAGUACGUGACGAUAAUGGAAAUUGGUAAACAGGUUGUUUAUCAUCCGCUCGGUUAUUAAAAGCAAAAGCAAAGCUUUCGGGGAUGAUGAAAAAUGACCUCCUCUGCUGGGACAACUGCUUUGGCAGUGAGUAAUUGCGGAGAAGGAACCCAUUUUUUGUGAUGCUUUUAUUUCAGGUUUUAUCAGUGGCGAAAGAAAAAGUUUUUAAAGGAUUUCUAUUUCAUCGGAAGAAUGCGAUGACCCGAGCUAGGGGUGGUCAAGGAUUUUCAAAAUCGUUUAAAAACAAAAAAAUAAACUGGCUACAAGUUGACUUUAGAAAGGAUUUUAACAAAUAUUUUAACCAAUCAAAAGUUUAAAAAAUGAAAGAAGUAAUCAAUGAAAAUAACUGUUCAUAAAAAUUCAAUAGAAUUUCAUUAGAUUUUUUGGAAAUCUUGGCUUUGCUGUGUAUUACAUUUGAAAAAAAAAUAUAUAUAUAUAUAUAUAUUUUCGUCCAUUUUGAUUUGGUGCUGCAAAAUAAAAGUAAAAUAUCACAUUUAAAAAUGUUUAUAUACAUCUUGUAAUAUGUCAUUUCACAUAUUACACAUAAGUUGAGGUUAAAGGACAUUGAAGAAGAGGUAAUAUUCAAGCAUGCAGAAUGUCAGCCAACAAAAAUUCAUUUUUUUUUAUUAAUAAACAGAAAUACACAAGCUCGAUCAGUUAAGUUUAGUAACAAAUACAAAUAAAAUUAGAUCUUUAUGAAAAUUUGGCUUGAUGACUUGUUUUUCUCGAUUGUUAUGUAACUUUGAUUAUAAGAUAUUUUCAACAUUACUGUAAAACGGGGUGAGAUUUGUUUGCCGGGGUGACUUUUAUAGUUUAUAGGGAUUGAACUCUUCACAACAGACUUUGAAUAGUUUUAAAAGAUAGUUAAAUAUAAUUGGGAAAACAUUCAUAAAUAACACAUUUUUAUUGCUCUCAAAAUGACGUGUUUUUCUCAAUAAAAAUGGGUUCGAAUCAGAAAACGGCUUCUUUGGACAAUUUUACACUGAGCACAGUUUAAAUUAGUUUUCAAGUAACAAGUUUUAACUGUUAUUAAAACCAAAUUCAAAAGUAUUCAUAUUUAUAGGUAUUUGCAGUUAAACAAGUUUUAUUUGAUUAUUUUAUAAUCAAGUUCAAUCUGGUGAUUUUUUUUUUGUAAUGAAUUUUGAUGAAACUUGGAUUUUUUAAAUGUAAUUAACCUAAAAAUUAUAAACAUUCUAUAAACAAGUACUAGUAAUUUAUUACGUCAAACUGUUCAUAAGUAAAGUUACUUAAAAUGUUUUAUUACAAAAAUCUACUAUGAAAUGCUUGUUUAACUAAGUUCAAUUCAUAUUGAUCUUAGUUAAACAUGCAUUUUUUUUUAAAUUAUUCUAAUAAAACAUUUUAAGUAACCUUACUUAUGAACAAUUUGACGUAAUAAAUUAAAUAUGCACUGGGGUGAUAGUAAAAAAAUCGAUAUUAGGGAUACCCUCUGAUUCGAUUCCUUUAACUAAAAUAAGUAGCUGUGAAAAUUUUGAGCGAAACCGGAUAACGGAUAAGGGUCACUUUUCAUCGAUGAAGUUGGAAAAAAAAACAUUUCAUACAAAAACGUCUUCUUUAAAUCAUUAAUAACUCGUCAGGGUCAACUCGGAUCGUUUUGCGGUCUUGAAUAAAACUGUUUGUCAUUAAAUUUUACAUAAGAAUCUCACACUUGACAAUGAUCCUACACUAAAUGCCACAUUUUGGCGGAAUUAUGAAAAUUUUGGUUUUGUCUGGAAAUGAAAUAAAAAUGUUUCCACGUAGUUUUUGGACUGACCCUUACCUUUUUAAAAAAAAUCCAAUCGCUGAAAGGAAAAUUUUGAGAUGAUAACGAUGUGAUAAAAAUUCAUAAAACGACUAUGAAGAAAAUACUUCUUUGUAAAAAAAUAAGCUUGCAAUCACAAUGGUAUAAAAUCAAAGUAGAAGUUUAUUUUUUAGAAAACUACGCUUCAUUUUACUGAAAUCUGUUGAAACGUAUUUGAAAGGGAGAAUUUUUUUCUUGAUAUAUGUGUAAGUUUGAAGCAUAAGUCCACCUUAAUUUUUUUUUAAAUCUGAAAAAUAUACAAGAAAAAUUAAGUUAUUUUUUUUUAUUUUCUUGCCCCAGAUAUUUCAAAAAUAUUAAAAAAUAUUAAAAAUUUUACGUGUUUUAUGUUUUUAAUUUGUUAUUGUAAUUAGUUAUAUUGCAAUGAUAAAUUACAUCAAGAAAAAGUUAAAAUAUAAAAUGUGUUAUUGUUUCGUGAAGGAUAAAACCUUUAGAGGAGUGCAGGCUCUUUUUAUUUUUUUACACUAUUAUAUAUAUAUAAGUUUGCAAAAAACAGCUGUUAAAAUUAAUUUUCGAUUGGUUCUGGCAAGGAUGCCUGAUGCACGGUUAUGUGUUUCACAGACAUUUGAGUUUAUGCCAGAUAUUUUUUAUUAUUUUUUUUUUAUUUUUUGAGGUGCAUAGACUUUUAAAAAACAUCAUUAAGCUAAUAUUUUGUAAAAUAUCAACCAAAACAUAUUUCGUUAGUCUUCAAAUGCUUAAAAACGCAAUUUCUGAUGGAUUUCCAUGACUGUAGAAGUAAAUUGAUAUAUUUGAAUUUUAGGAAAAUGCACAGACAUAGACAGACUCUUUUUUUUACAGACAUUUAAAAACCAGGUGGCAUUUCUGGGUUCUAAAUCAAUUUAGAAUUUGUAAUUUCAAGAGUGCUUGCAAUUUUUGCAGCUGUUCAUUUAACAAAUGAUCAUAUAAGAAAAGAUAAAUUGGUAAUGUAGACCGUUACAGCUAUAUGACUUUUUAUAAACUGAAAUUUGAAUAAAAAUAAUGAUUUAUUUUGUUUGAAAACAAUAAAAAAAUAAUUUGAAAAUGAUUUUGUUUUUCUCAGAACAUUGAUCAAUCUAUAUCUAUUGCUUUGAUCAUAAAUUUGAUCUUUCCUAAUCAGAAAUAAUUAAGAAUAUUUUUUAAACCUUGAAUACACGAGAAUUUUGUUCAUUAUUCUUUGGAAAAUAUUAAAAAUUAAAAUCCUAAAGUUUUGUAGUUUUUUUCCAAAAUCUUUUUUUAUGAAAUAUAAAUAAAUUUUAAUUUGCUCAACCCUAGCUCCCCUGUCAUCAAAUCUUGAGUCAAGUGAUCGUACGUGCUUUACGGUGCGAUAGGGACCACCAGGGCAAAACUCCACUGGUGGUGUACAGUUUCCAAACUUAAUUUCCUUUACGAAUAAAGCAAAAGCUUCUUCUAGAACGAUAAAGCAAAGAGUUGAAUCGUAUCUCAACACACACACACAGGGCCAUAAUUAUAUGAUUAAAAGCGCAUGAAUUACGAUACGCCGCAAAUUAUUGUGUAUAUUAUUAUGCAUUGUAUAUUAUUAUAUAUGAUAACAAUUAUAUAAUGAAAAUGCGAGGAUGGGAAACUUUGAUUAAAAGUAAUCUGAUCGAAUUGGUGGCGAGUGAAGAGUGCGCGAAGGCCAACGUUUUGGCUGCACCCGGAAUACGUGAUAUACCUACCACAACCUGAAACACAAGACCACGGGGAGGAAAAAAAAACACAAUAAAAAUCAGAAAAAUCGAACCCAUUUGCUCGAAAUGGUCGAGGGUAAUAAAGUCAUUAACGAUGGGAUCGCGCGCGCCAUCUCCAGCAACGAGAGAGAGAGAGAGCGCCAUCGUUUGAGUGAAAUUGGACGAAAUUAAUAAAUUUUGGCCAAAGUGAGGGCAGAUAUUAAUUUAUUAACCAUCAAUCAAUGCUGGCAAUCAGGUUCAGGCUAAUCGGGAUCGGACGUUGAAGUUAGGUUUUUUUUGGUUUCAGAAUUUAACAGUUGAAGGGCAGGGAACGAGAGAACACACACAUCAUCAUCAUCAUUAUCGUGAUCAUUUUUUCGAAACAGAACAAACCCACAUGCACCUAUACUCUGAGAGCGGCCAGAUAUCGAUCCUAACCAUAGUGAGGCAUUUUGUGAAAUAAUGAAAUCAAGAUAAAAUAAAUUAGGAAAAAUCAAAGUGAGGGCGGUUACCGAAGGCUUAAGGAGAAGUUUUCAGAGAAAACUUACUCUCAAACAUACAGGAAUAAAUACGGACUCCAAACCAUCAAAAGGGUGGCAACGCACUUGGAGGGUAAACAAAGUCAAGACACUGAAGUGAAAACUCUUCAAAAAGGAGACAAAAGAAAAAAAAAAGAGUCCUACUGAAACAUUUGUAGCGCAACAGAGCAUACACACAGGCGUCACUGCUAUAUAUAUUCUGCUAAAACGAAAGUCUAUAUAUAUUAUGUGAAUAUUAAAUGUUUUUUACAGAAAAUAAAA